CCGGCGAGGUCAGGUGCGCUUCACCUUCAUAACAUCUUCUUUCUUGAUGUUUUCAAGUUAUUGACCAGUUGCUUUCCGACCGGUAAACUGGUAAGAAGUUAAACAAAAAAACAGCAAUGGCCCAAAUUGCAAAACUUUGGAUCCUAUGUUGUAUAACCAUCGUAGCUGCUCAACUGAGCGACCAUCAACCCGAAGAAAAUUACUACUCGCACAACCAAGUUUCACCAGCUUCCGAUCCCAAUAACCCUUGGGCCAAUUAUCAAAACCAUAUCCAACCUCCCCAUUACUAUGCAUAUUCUAACGUGGAUCGUCAGGGUAUCUUAAAUAGCCCUGAGGGCGUGGCCAUUGCUGUCGUGGCGGCAGGUGGAGCCGUGGGAUUGGGCGGUCUUGGCUUGGCUGUGGCAGAUACACGACAAACCACGAAUCGACUUACUCAACGACAAGAUCAGAUUUGCUCGAAUACUCGGGAUAUUGCGACUCAAUUGGAUGCUGUGGUGCAAGCCCUCGUUUCGACCAUCACCUUGUCUGCAAUGUUGGCUCCUACGGUAGCAGCAUCAGGGCGGCAAUUGCCCAAUGUGGAGCAAACCUUUGAGUCCAUCCGGUCUUCGAUCCCCAAAGUCAAUUGCUAAGUGUGUCCAAUAUUUGUGUUAUGUUUGAUCCAAACGCUCAACCCACAUACCCGUUCACGUCUCAUGUUGAGAUUGCUCAAUUUAAAUGCAGAGAAAUUUCCGCUUGAUCUUCCACCCCGACGAAGGUCAUUCAGAAAUGAACUCCGGUCGUUGUAAAUGUAAUGUGCUCUUCCCAGGGGAGUUUUUACUUUGCUGAAAUACUCCAUAACAAUCUGAGACUGCUUGGACUCUAUGGUGUGACUCAGUAGAUUAAAACACUAGAGAAAAUAUGUAUCCAUUUUCUCGAAAGUAUUCACAUCCCACAACCUGAAGCUAUUCUGAGUUUUUUGUUGAUGAAUGAAAUGCCCUUGUUCCCAUUUGUGUGAUAUACGUAAGGCGCCUAAUAAAUAUUGAAUAUUCCUACCAACUGAUUUUCGUUUUU